AUGAACAUUUUGAAAGAGAGCAGAGUAGAAAAAUAUAUUUCAUCAUUAGACGGAUUGAGUCCUGCCCAGUAUGUGUUCACAUUUUGUGAGUGUAUCAAUAAAAAUAGUACACCAGAGGAUGCUCACUCUAAUAUCGCAGUUCCUUACAGUAGUAAUCUGGCUGAAUUAGCUGCUAACCGAGGGCCAAAAAAAGUAAGACUAAUUGUAAUGUACAUAACAAACACAUCUUAUUUCAACGCAGAUACAAUGAAGUUCUUAGUCAACGAAAUGUUAGAAUGCAAAGACGUCGGGACAGUUGAACAGUAUUAUAAUAUUCUUGAUAAAAACUUCAAGCUGCAUCCACCAUGUGCUCAAUACAUGGAUAAAGAGUAUGAACAAUUACUGCUUAGUUCAUAUAGGAAUCAUUUUGGGCAAAUGACUCUAUGGGAUUAUAUAGUAGAAUGCUUGAAUAAUAUAACAAGAGGAUCUCUUUUAUACGGGGACGAUGAUGCGUUUGAUUUGGCAUUCAAAAGAUGUUUUAGUUUUUGCGUAUGUAUUUUACAAGUUGACUUUGAAGUGUCCAAAAAUAAAAAUAAAAGAUCUUUGGUAGCAAAAUGUCUGAAGUAUAAACUUGAAAGAAGAACGAGAAUGAGUGAAAUCAGCACACUUUUGGAUAAGUUAUAUAACACUGGGUAUAAUUUUCAAAUGCCUGUUAUCCAUCUUGCAAUACUUGUAAGUCAGUUACAAUGA